UGCACGUAUGAUUGCUGAUUUCUUCUUUCUUGGUCGAUUUCAUUCUUCUUUAUCGAUUUCGUUCUUCUUCAUCAUUUUCUCCAUCGACUUCAUCUUCGCAGCUUCAUCUUCUUCAUCUCAACUACGCACUUCUGUUUCAUCUUCGAUCCAAAGGUAAUAGUAAAAGGUCUAAACACGUGUGGUCGAAGGUGGAGGAUGCUAAGUUGGUAGAAGCUCUAUUGUAUUUGGUGGAUACCGGUUGGAGGUCUGACAAUGGGACGUUUCGACCAAGAUACCUACAACACUUGAAGCGAAUUCUGCAUGAGAAAGUGUCCGGGUGCGCACUGAAUCAAAACACUAUUGAGUGCAAGGUGAGAAGCCUAAAGAAACAAUACAACGCAGUAUCAGAGAUGUUAAGUCAGUCGGGGUUCGGCUGGAACGAGGAGUUCAAAUGUGUCCAGGUCGAGAAGGAGAUUUUCAAUCGGAGUCAUCCCAAUGCGAAGGGGAUGUGGAACAAGUCAUUCCCACAUUACGAUGACCUCUCCACCGUAUUUGGGAAAGACAGAGCAGUAGGGCAAUCAAGUGAGGACCCAUACGUGAUGGCGAAGAAUGCAUUCAGAGAGUUUGAAGAUGAGAUUCGACUUGGAUCACAAGACUGUCGCACAGCUGAGGUUCGCCAGACAGAAUCACCAUUAAAUCAAGAUGAAAUAGAUGAAGAGCCAGCAGAGCAAUCUACAGGUAGAGCGAGUGUACCUGUCGAGACAUCUCAAGGCAGUAAGAGGAAGAGGCCAUCAUUCCAAGCUGAAAUGAUCGACAUCAUGAGAUCGACUGUUGAAAUGCAGAGCACACACAUGGGUAGACUAGCAUCGUGGCAAAAGGAGAAGUAUGAGCUGGAGUUCGAGCAUUGGAAGGAAGUAGUAAAUGCCAUAUACAGCAUUGAUGGCCUGGAUGAGGAUGACAGAUUGCUUUCUUGCAGUACCAGAACACGCACGGAAGAUGUACUGCCUCCGUCUACUAGGAAGAAACAUGUAAACUGACCACACCCCUAUAUUUUGUUUAUAGUUAUUUUGGAUAACAGUAAAUGGACAAUGGACUAUCAUGUCGAAAAGAAUGAUAACUUUUGCAUACGUCAUGACAUGUAAUUUUUGUGUUUGUUUUAUGAC